AUGCCGACACUCAGAAAUUCGGGAGUCUCGAAAAAGACGUCAAAGGCGUGUAAUCGGUGUCGGGCCUUGAAAGUGAAAUGCUCCGGUACGCAGCCGUGCGAGCGAUGUGCUCGAAGCUCGAAACAUCAAUGUGUUUUCGCCAUUGAAGAGAAGCGAGUCGCUGUUCCUGAACGUUAUCUUCGUGAAUUAGAGCGCCGAAGUACCAUUGUCAAUACUAAAAAUGUUCCCACUUCUGGCGCAGAUGGACGGCAGAGUCAGACAGAGAGUCUCUCGCCAACUCAUGGUCCAACUGAUUCCACAGGACGCAGGAAUGUUGGCGAGACUGCAUUGAAUAACGCUCAAGAUUCUGCUGUAACCGAACCUGGAUUUCGACAAAACCCUUUGGUCGACUAUGAUCUCACCUUUCCCAAGGCAGCUGGUCGUUACUGGUACAUGGGACCUUCAUCGUCGUGGUCAUUCUGUCGACGAGUCUUUGCCUUGAUCAGACAGAGGAUCCACGAGGCCGAUUGCCCACCAGUCCCGUGGAAUUUUGACGGCACCGCCUUUCAUAUGGACUGGGCUUCUCUGCCGCGGGAUAAAUGUCCAGAUGUCUCGAAUCUGCCCCCUCUUGAUUACGCUCUUUUUCUAUACAACACGGCCAAGUUCUAUUUGGGCGGCAACCUCAUGUGUCUUAUUGACGAAAGCAAUUUUCUUCGACAGCUCAAUGAACUCUAUGCGGACCCUCAAUUAAAAGCCAGACAGUGUCGCUACUGGUAUGCUACAUAUCUUUUGAUAAUAGCUUUCGGAAAGGCUUUUGCAUGCACGCGGGGGCACCAUGGCCCGUCUGGCUAUCAGUAUGCGCAAAGAGCCAUGGGGCUUCUACCAAGCAUAUCCAUCCUGCCAGCGGAUACGAUUGAAGGGAUUCAAUUACUCGCACUGGCAGCCAUAUACCUUCAGUCCCUAGACAUGAGGGUUGGCGCGUUCCAAGUGAUUGGGCAGGCGCUGAGGCUCUGUCUCGUAGAAGGUAUGCAUCGCGAAAUGCGCGAAGAAGUAGAACGUGAGCAUUCCCAGCGAUGUAGCGCGGUGUUUUGGACCGUGUACGUGCUGGAAAGAGAGUUCUCUGCCUUGUUUGGUGCGCCCAGUUCCAUCCGUGACGAGGAUAUUACAGCAAAACUACCAGCCGAGGCGGAAAAUGCUGCAGACCCUUCCAUGUUGAAGCUCCACGUGCAGCUUUCUCGCCUCAGAGCACAGAUAAUGGAUACCGUGUACAGUGUUGAGCCGGCCGCUGCAGACUCCCUGGUGAGUAAUGUCCAGAAAAUACUCCGAAAUCUAGCGAUCAUGCUCGAGGAUAUGCGGGUAGACAGCCGUCUUCAUGGACCCAACAGCCUUGCAUCGAGAAAAGCGUUGAGGUUAAUAUUGGGACACCACCAUUGUGUUGUGCUGUCAACCCGACCGCUGGUCAUGUGCGCUCUGAAUCUGUGUCUUGACCGCCGACAAAGGCAAAUCACGGAAGCAAUCUCUCUAUCUCCAGCAGUCACGUCUCUUCUCCAAGCAUGUCUUGAUUCAGCUCAAACCACAUUGCGCACACUAAGGUUGCUUGCCGAAGAGGAGCUACUAGAAGGAUUUCUCCCUUUCCAGGUCGAAGAUGCCUUUUCUUCUGCCUUCAUCUUGCAGCUAAUUUCAUUCGUGGCUCCCGACUUGAUCUUGGACGAAGGUUGGAAUGUCAAUGCACAGAUUGCGUUUGACCACAUGGUGGCCAGGGGGAGCAUACUGGCACCCUUGCGUCUGGAGGAACUCCGGCAGCUGGAACGAACUCUGUCUUCACUAAAGCCAGGAGCUCAAUCCGAGAAGACUACGGAACAUGGAAAUGAAGUUGACACACAGUUGGGUGAUGAUGGCCAUGGGCUGCACGAGCCUGGUUGGGAUUUGUUCUUCAUGGACUGCUUGGGUACACUGUCAUCACAAGACAUGAUGGGUUUGGCUGAUCAGCUUGAUUCAGAGACUGAAUUCGCGGCAUUGAUAUGA